UUCCGUCAUCCUGACUCCACGCCCACUUCCGGAAGUGACGCGUGGUGGGGUUGCCGGAAGAAGUGGCGAAGUUACUUUUGAGGGGACCCUAGUCGCGGCGCCGUGCCAGCAGAUACGGAGGCGGCAGAAGAGAAGCAGAACAAGGGGACGAAAGCAGCUCGCGCCGCCGCCGGCUGUUUCCAGGGCAACAAAAGUAGGAGACCCCCACAAGAAGCCGCCCACGAGACCCUCGCGCGCAGCCAUGAGCCCCGCCCCCCACUGGUGUUCGGAGAGGGGCGGGACCUGGAGAGAGUAGGGUGAAGAGUCUGGAAGAGAUGAAGAGGGAGGUGCCCCAUUGAGACCUGUGGCUGGCGUAACCUGACCCUCUCUGGCCCCACAAGGCUCUCAGGCCCCCUGUAUUCUGCAGGCUGCUCCGUGACCCCACCAUGUCCACCCCCACCACGAGUUCCCUGGACACCCCCUUGCCUGGUGGUAAUGGUCCCCUUCAGCCCAGCACUCUGUCGUCUUCAUCCGAUGGAAAGGAGGAUGGCCCUGAGCCAUUGCCCGGAGGGGCGGACCCUGAUGUCCCGAGCACUGACGGGGCCGGCUCAGCCUCCGUUGUGGUCAUCCUAGACCCAGCAGAGGAGCCGGAGCGGAAGCGAAAGAAGGGCCCGGCUCCAAAGAUGCUGGGCGACGAGCUGUGCCAAGUGUGCGGGGACACGGCCUCCGGCUUCCACUACAACGUGCUCAGCUGUGAAGGCUGCAAGGGCUUCUUCCGGCGAAGUGUGAUCCGAGGCGGGGCCGGGCGCUAUGCCUGCCGGGGCGGUGGAACCUGCCAGAUGGAUGCCUUCAUGCGGCGCAAGUGCCAGCAGUGCCGGCUGAGAAAGUGCAAGGAGGCUGGGAUGAGGGAGCAGUGCGUCCUCUCCAAAGAGCAGAUACGGAAGAAGAAGAUUCGGAAGCAGCAGCAGCAGCAGCAGCAGCAGUCAUCACCCACAGCGCCCGGAGUCAGCAGCGGCUCGGCUUCUGGGCCGGGGGCCUCCCCUGGAGGAUCCGACGGGGGUGGCCAGGGCUCUGGGGAAGGCGAGGGCAUCCAGUUAACAGCUGCGCAGGAACUGAUGAUCCAGCAGUUGGUGGCGGCCCAGCUGCAGUGCAAUAAACGCUCCUUCUCGGACCAGCCCAAAGUCACGCCCUGGCCCCUGGGCGCAGACCCCCAGUCCCGAGAUGCUCGCCAGCAGCGUUUCGCCCACUUCACGGAGCUGGCCAUCAUCUCAGUUCAGGAGAUCGUGGACUUCGCCAAGCAGGUGCCUGGCUUCCUGCAGCUGGGUCGUGAGGACCAGAUCGCCCUCCUGAAGGCAUCCACCAUUGAGAUCAUGCUGCUGGAGACGGCCAGACGCUACAACCACGAGACAGAGUGCAUCACUUUCCUGAAAGACUUCACCUACAGCAAGGAUGACUUCCACCGCGCGGGCCUGCAGGUGGAGUUCAUCAACCCCAUCUUCGAGUUCUCGCGGGCCAUGCGGCGCCUGGGCCUGGACGACGCCGAGUACGCCCUGCUCAUCGCCAUCAACAUCUUCUCGGCCGACCGGCCCAACGUGCAGGAGCCCAGCCGGGUGGAGGCUCUGCAGCAGCCCUAUGUGGACGCGCUGCUUUCCUACACCCGCAUCAAGAGGCCGCAGGACCAGCUGCGUUUCCCGCGAAUGCUGAUGAAGCUCGUAAGCCUGCGCACGCUCAGCUCCGUGCACUCCGAGCAGGUCUUCGCCCUGCGGCUGCAGGACAAGAAGCUGCCGCCUUUGCUGUCCGAGAUCUGGGACGUCCACGAAUGAGGGGCUGCCCACCCCGCCCCCCCACCCUCCAGUGAAUGGACACCAGGGUGGGAAAGGGCGGCCUGGGCCUGGGGUCCGCCUUGUGGCUGAAGCAGCGCUCAGGAUGAGCCCCAGUCAGGGUCCAGGAGCCUCCCUUCCUACCCACCGAGUCUUCCUGAGAGGGGCAGAUAGGUCAUCGAUCGCCACCUCUGACCUCUCCCAGCGCUCCUGCUGCCCUCCUGCCCAGCUUACACCUCAAGCCUACCACGCGAUGCACCUUGAAUGGCAGGAGGGGAGGGCCUGUGGCUCCCCCACAGCACGAGAGCCCACAGGUCCCCUUCCCUCUGCUCCUUUUAUUUAAUAAAAACUAAAAAAACAAAAACAGGAAAAUAAAAUAUGAAUAGAAACAU